AUGCCCCCUAAACGAGAAGACGCCGGGGUGCUGGACCAGAAACGGCAAGAUGGCAGCUAUUCCCAACCACAGCCAUCUUCACCAGCAACAGUUCCGCCCGCCUCAUCGCCCACAUCUACGGCCGCGAUAAUCGCCGGCCCAAGCACGACGUCAGAUCCUGCAGAGAGGGCACCGACGUAUGAAGAGGCUACCGAAGCAAAGGGGGGUGUUCCGACCGUCGACUCACCCUUCAACUUCCCUACAUCCACGGACCUCCCUCCCUCAUAUGAAGCUCACGCCGAGGCAGAAGCAGGACCGAGCUCAUCGAAGUCCGUCAGGACGAAACCCGUCGCCAUUCCACAAGUCGCUCCUGAACCCGCGGCCCCGUUCCUCCCGGCCUAUCCUCCGUCCCUCCUCGCACACGGCAUCACCGAGCAGACGUGGCGCUCAUUCUUAGACACCGUGUCCGCCUUCCUCACAGCAAAGGUAUCUGGCCGUGCCAUUGCUCAUGCCGGAGACAUGGCGAAGAGUCUCGGCGAGCACCCAAAAACUACGGCAAAUCACUCGCGCUUCGACGUGUUCGGCGUGGCGGCGGGCGUCAUUGGAGGCGCCAUCUCCAUCCCCAUGCACGCCGCCUUUGGCGCUGUUGAUACCAUAUUCCAGAUUCCCGGCACCGCUGUGUCUGCUAUUUCGAAGACGCCCAGGACCCCGCUGCAACGGGCGGCCACGUACUCGGCCGUUGCGAGUAAAGACUGGCUAAAUGCCAGAGGACUUCAUGCUGUACUCUUGGACACGAGACAGCUGGCCGAGAUGAUUCACGUCCCGGGGAGCAAGUUUCUCGAAAUGGCAGCCGAGGGGGCCAAGAGCGGCACGGCGGCAGCUACAAUGUGUGCCUUGGGUGGGCAUAUUGAGAAGCUGAACAUGCUGGAGGAUGAGGUUGUGGUGUUGAGUGACAGGUCGUUGUGGUUGGUGCUGGUGCCGGUUGUGAAGGAGGACGAGGAGAAGCAGGGUACGAAGUAG